GAGCCACAACCUGUUGCCUGAAGCUUCUGAUAGGAGAAAUCUGUUAGAUAAUACAAACACUGGUGUGUGCCUCUCGCUUCCAUUUCAAGGUGAGCUCGCAGUAUAAAGAGCUGCGUUUCCUCCAGCAGCAAUCUCCUCGUCAGACCCCACAAGAAUGAAGGCUCUUGGCGUGCUGUUCUUGCUGUCGGCGGUGGCUGCCAUCGCUGCAGUCUCACCUCGUGCAUUAUGGGAGUUCCGCAGCAUGAUCAAAUGCACCAUCCCAGACAGCAACCCUCUGCUCGAGUUUAAUGACUACGGCUGCUACUGCGGCUACGGAGGCAGUGGGACACCCGUGGAUGAACUGGACAGGUGCUGUCAAACACACGAUGAAUGCUACACCAAGGCAAAGUCGGUGUGUGCCGCCUCCAAUGAUACCCCCUACACAAAGACAUACAAAUACUCUUGCAAGAACAAUGCGAUCACGUGUAGCAGUGCCAACAACGAGUGCGAGUUGCUCGUCUGUAACUGCGACCGCACGGCCGCCAUGUGCUUCGCCAAGGCACCGUAUAACAGCGCUCACCUCCACCUGGACAAGACCAAAUACUGCAGUUAAAUGCAGCGCGGCUGCCGCCAAUAAAAGCCUCGCACCACA